ACACUUCCGGCCCGGCCGCCCUGACCCGCCGCCUGCCGCGCCCAGCCCAGCCCGCCGCCGCUGCCGCCGCCGCCGAGCGCCUGCUGCGGGCGCGGCGACGCCAUGGAGCGUUUUGAUAAGGCGGCGUUGAACGCACUGCAGCCGCCCGAGUUCAGAACUGAAAGUUCAUUAGCAUCUACCCUGAAGACGCUCCUGUUCUUCACUGCUUUAAUGAUCACUGUUCCUAUUGGGUUAUAUUUCACGACUAAAUCUUACGUAUUUGAAGGCGCCUUGGGGAUGUCUAAUAGGGACAGCUAUUUUUAUGCUGCUAUUGUUGCAGUGGUUGCCGUCCACGUGGUGCUGGCCCUCUUUGUGUACGUGGCCUGGAAUGAAGGCUCACGGCAGUGGCGGGAAGGCAAACAGGAUUAAAGUGAAUAUUACCUUUUGAUAACAUUAAAUUGCUUUUUGAAAUGGUAAAUGCUUCUGGGGGCACUGAUAAUUUGAAUAAAAAAUUGAAAGAACAUGUUAAAAUCAGUCUUAUGGAGUCAUGUUUGGUGCAAAUGUUGAGCCUUCUAAUGCAAUGGUUUGUAUAAUCAAUUUUAACUAUAACAAUCUCCUUUGCAAACAAGAACAUGGAAAAGUUAAAUUAGUUACCAACAAGUCUGUGAAAUUAGUUACACAAAAUUCUGGGAAGAAUUUGAUUAUUUUUACAACAAAAACUGUUUUAUAGCAUUUUGUCUUAGAGUUGGUUUUGAGUGACACUCCUCUAGAGAUAUUGAAAUCUACACAGUGAAGGAAGUCUAAGCUUCGUUUUGUGCUGGAACACUUUGCUUAACUAUCAUGAUCACCAGAUUUUUGGUUUUUAUUUCCCAUGGAAAGUUGCUUAAAUUGUAGACACUGGGAUUAAUCUGAACGCCACCAACGAGUUUCACAUGAAAUGUGAUUCCCUAAUCAGUAGGAGUCUUUCAUUACAUUAUUUAAUGGGAAAGCUAAACUAAAUUAUCUACAUUCAUUUAAGAGGACUCGGUUUCCUUAAGGAUACAGAGAGCAAAGCCAGGUGCUCACCACUCGGGCAGUCAGCCUGCUCCCCAAAGGCCCUACGCAGGCAAGCUUUGUGCUUUUCAGAGCAACUUGUUAAUGAUAUGCUUUGCUCUGUCAUUCAUCAGUGACAUUAGGCUGUAAUUACAAGGUCUGCGUAAACUCUAUUUAAAAAUCUUAAUUUUUCCUGUUUUUUUUUGUUGUAAUAUAUGUGAUAGGAAUUUGCAUUUAAAUGUGAAUUCAUUUUUGCAUAGUUAGGGAGUGUAAACAAUCCUCAAAAUAGAUUAUUUUCAUCAUUUGGGAUUUCUGAUGUAGUAGUCUUAUUAAUCAGAACUAAAUUUUAUCCCAGAUAAGGUCCUUUCCAGGUGAAAUAAAAAGCAAAAACCUGUGAUUUUAUUUUAGAAUCCUUAGUAUUUUUUCCAGCCAUUUGUUCAUAUUGUGUGCAAUCUAAAAACAACCCCCCAAAAUGUUUGUUUUCUUUCCUAUUACAAAACCAUAAUAUAUGUUCACUGUAAAAAAAAUGGAAAAAUACAUAUUAAAAUAUGAAGAAAGUUAAAGUUUCCCAUAAUUUUGCAGCCUAGAGGUAGAGAACCUCUAUUUCAUUUUAUGUCCCAUGCGCAGUUUUGAAGGCCGUUUAAUUAACACUAACACUUUGGUUUAAGUUCAAAUUCUGCCAACAUUACCUAUAGUUACUUGCAAUUUUCAGAAAUGCUAGUUCAUUGUACACUAGCACUUCGGUUUAAGUUCAAAUUCUGCCAGCUUUACCUGACAGCUAUUUGCAAUUUUCAGACAAGUGAUUACUUUGACAUUUUCUUAAGAAGCACUCUCUACCUUAAUCUUGUAACUAGACAUCUCAUUAUUCAAACUUCCUGUUAUUAAUAAUCUUAGUACAGUGGCCCUUGCCUAAGUGUUUUCCAUUACCCAUUUAUUUGUUCAUCCUUAUCAUUUUUAAGAUUGCAGAACUGGACUAACAGAAGGGAAAAAUGAUUAGGCAUAAAAGCCAAGUAGGCAUUUGUGUUUGUUUAAUUGUUGAGAAAAAUAAAAGAUGAGUAUGAUUAUUGUAGGAACAUUUUUUAUUCUUGCUUAUUGUUAAAUGUUAUCUACAGUUUAAAUGUCUCCUUAAAGCAGUUAUUCUAAAAGUAAAGUGUUUUUUAAAAAGGCUGCAAUUUUAAUAUAAUGAUGUUUGAAUCUGGGUAUUGUGUGGUAGAUUUCUAAACGGUCCUCUGUUUAGAUGCCUUGUCGUACUUAAAAUUGUUGUCCAUCUAAUUUUUUUUUUUGUAUAACACCAAGGUUUUUCUUAUACAUUUGGCAUGUUAUAUUCUAUUUGUAAAAUACUGAUGUCCAGUGUUGUAAUAUUUUGUUUGGUUUCAGACAUUUGCUGAGUAGAAAAUGCUGUAGGUAUUUUUCUGCAAGUAUUUAAACCAGGGAUACAUGCAAAAGCAGUUGUUAUUUCCUCUUGGUAAAAAGUACCAAGUGUUUUAAAGUUAGAAUCAUAUACUAGGGUAGAUAUUUAGAGUUAUUACAAAAUAGGCUUAUUUUCAAACCAGUUAGUUUGCUGCUAGUCUUAAUUAUAUUAAAUAACGUGGUAUUUGACAAAUAGAUUUAUUUUUCAAGGUGUUUCACUGGUUUCCUCUUGCAUGAUGUACAUAUUUCAUGAUGUAUAGAAAGGAAAGCUACAGUUUGAGCCCUUAUCAGUGUUUUAAGUAAGGAAUAUAUUCACUUUUAUUUUCCAGCCGAUUGUAAGGGAUAACCUUAGUUAGGAAAUGUAACCUGAAGUUUCAGUACAUGCUACUGAUUUAACACCAUUUACUGUAACACACCACUUUCCUCACUUCCCAUUUUGCCUGUCCAAAAUGUAAUCCUUCUUCCCCAUUGUGCUGAAAAACAAAAUGUCUACUGUGGAAUGCAUCUGAUGUCAUUAGCUCUUCAAAUGGAUGUCAUUUUGUAUGUAAUAGUAGAAUCCGGUUUUGAAUGGUUUCUGAUGAAAUCUCAACCUCCCAUUAAUACCCGUUGUCAGGCCUCAUGGGACUCUAACAGAAAUACAUAGUAAUAAUUGAAAUAGAAUGUUUUCAUCAUAAAAAUCUCAUCAGCCUUGCCGAAAGAAACAACUGAUUGACUUCUUUCCCAUUUAUUUUCCAAUUUCAUAUAAAUUUUACAUAUACAGCUAGGUUACCCAAGGGGACCAGUAAAAACAGCUAAACAAACAAGGCAUACCCAAAGAAAGAUUAAAGCUGAAGGUACAUGAAACAAAGGAUUUAAAUUAUAUUUUAAAUUUAUCUGCUGUGUAUUUCCUGCCUACAGACAAGUUCAUGUCUGUUGUUUUAUUUAUGCUCAAGUGCAGUUGUACACUGUUACCAGGCCUGUUUUGUAAAUGUUUUAGCUAUAGCAGAGAGUUAUUUGCUGGUCUUAGGUCAGCAGCAGACGUCUCUGCUGUCGAGUCCUCUGUGUAUUCCACAAAGUAGUACGACUGUAUUCAGACUUGACUCUUCAAUUCAAGAUAAAUUUACAAGAGCUGGGCUGAAGCAGCACAUUAAUAACUUGUCAAGAUUUCUUUUUCCUUUUUGCAGGGGCAAAGGAUCACCUUAAGAAAUAAAUUAUUUUCAGAGACUUUGGGAAUCUAAUGCUAAAUAUUACAUGUAAUCUAUGACUAGCUUAUCUUUUAUAUAGUCAUUAAAAUGGUCCAGAAUUCCUCUACUUAACAUCACUUCUGGCCAACCUUUCCUUGCUGUUUUGAUGCUGCGUGUACUUAAUAUCUGCGUUCCUUUUGAGAUGUUCUAUAAGUCAUAUUUGUCAGUUAUACGGACUAGUCUUCCUUUUUCCCGAGUUCAGUGAAAUCUCACUGAACAGUAAUAAUAGCAAUAGCUAACAACAUCUGCACAGCACCUUACAAUUUGCAAAGAACGUUCACACAUUCUCCUUUGAGUUUUGCCUAGUGAACCUGUUACGAGAUGUUCUCUUGACAUCGAUGCUAAAAGUGUUAGAAACUAAAUCACUAGAGUUGUUGACUAUGCUGUAGUACUGAAUAGCGCCCUGACUAGGAGAAGGAUUUAGAUGCGCCACGUUUGAAGCCAUGUGUAAUUAUCAAAAUGGGGGGCUUGAGUUCUUUAGCCACUUGAAUCAGAUUUACCUUUGUAAACAAUGCUUUUCUAAACAUUAUCUGAAUGGAUUUUGUAUUUGUUAUGCUCUAGCCUGUAAUUUGUAUAAAAUUGCCAUCUGUUGUCAUUAAAAAAGCGUUCAUAAUGCUA